ACGUUCCACAAACUAAUUUCAGACGUUUAUCAUUUGACCACUGCAGUUUGUCUCUGCAGCCAUUCGAAUACCCAGUUUGCACACCAGAUGGGACAGUCUUUGACAUACUGAGCAUUGUUCCUUGGAUAAAGAAAUAUGGAACUAAUCCAAUCACAGGAGAAAAACUAGAUGCCAAAUCACUUAUAAAGCUGAAUUUUGCUAAAAACAGUGAAGGUAAAUACCACUGUCCAGUGCUGUUUACUGUAUUCACCAAUAACUCCCAUAUCGUGGCCAUCAAGACAACUGGAAAUGUGUUUGCCUAUGAGGCAGUUGAACAGCUGAACAUAAAACCAAAGAGCUACAAGGAUCUUUUGACAGAUGAGCCCUUCACUCGGCAAGACAUCGUGACGCUGCAGGAUCCAACAAACUUGGAUAAAUUCAAUGUCUCAAACUUCUUUCAUGUUAAGAACAACAUAAAAGUAAUUGAUCCAGAUGCGGAAAAAGCAAAAUUAGAUCCAUCUUACUAUUUGAAAAAUACCAACACAGAGACCCGGGAGACUUUACUGGAGCUUUAUAAGGAAUUCAAAGGUGAUGAUAUUCUAGCAGCUACUAUGAAGGCUCCUGAAAAGAAGAAAGUGGAUAAGCUGAAUGCAGCUCACUAUUCCACUGGAGCAGUAAGUGCUUCCUUCACCUCCACUGCCAUGGUGCCUGAAACUACCCACGAAGCAGCUGCUAUUGAAGAAGAUGUUGUGAGAUACAGCUACGUGAAAAAGAAGGGCUAUGUGCGACUUCACACUAAUAAAGGAGACCUAAACUUGGAGCUGCACUGUGAUAUGACACCCCGAACAUGUGAAAACUUUAUCAAAUUAUGCAAGAAGAACUAUUAUGAUGGAACAAUUUUUCACAGAUCAAUUCGUAAUUUUGUGAUCCAAGGAGGUGAUCCAACUGGAACAGGAACAGGAGGAGAAUCUUACUGGGGAAAACCUUUCAAAGAUGAAUUUAAGCCCAAUUUGUCCCACACGGGACGUGGUGUUCUUAGUAUGGCCAAUUCGGGACCCAACACAAACAAAUCGCAGUUCUUCAUCACAUUCCGCUCUUGUGCAUAUCUGGACAAGAAGCAUACAGUUUUUGGAAGGGUGGUUGGUGGCUUUGAGACUCUGACUGCUAUGGAGAAUGUUGAAAGUGACCCAAAAACCGACCGUCCCAAGGAGGAAAUACGAAUUCAGGCAACAACUGUUUUUGUUGAUCCGUAUGAAGAGGCAGAUGCCCAGGUUGCUGCUGAAAGAGAGAAGGCCCGGCUAGAAGAAGAAGCAGCCAAAACAAAAGCUGAGGUGGUCCCACCAAAGAAGGAGGUCCAGACUCCUAAAACUUACCGGCAGGGGAUUGGAAAAUACAUUAACAUGGCUGCAGCGAAGCGCAGCAUGGAAGAUGACGGACCCUCAACCAGCACAGCUGCAAAGAAAGAGAAAAAGAGCACAGGCUUCGGGGACUUCAGCUCCUGGUAGCAGCGCGGGGAGCCUAGCACUGGAGCAGCACAGCAGAAAAGAAACGUCGGACUCCCACGUGUCCCCGAAGAGCCCAAAACACAGUCUGUCCUGGGGAGGGAAGGCACCAGCCUGCCCUUCCACUGGGGAGAAAACUGUUGCUUUGUUAAGGCUGGUUAAUGUGGCUUUGUUUUCUGGAGAGCUGCGUUCCCCCCACUGCAUCUUCCUCGAAGGCCUUUGUGUUGUUGUUUUGCUGAGCGGGGAGCAGCAGCCCUGCUCCGCUGGGGUUUCGCUGGAGCCUUUGCUGGGCUGGCAGCAGACCAGGCAGAGCUCAGCCUUGCAGGACGCUACUUCAGCAAACAGCCACAUAAGUGAAAGAGCUCUUUUUACAGGUAAUCAUUUCCAGACCAGCCAAAUCUGCCAAAGGAAGGAAUGAAUGAGCAUGCUGGGGAAGUGCCAGUGCUGCUGCAGCGCUUUGCGGAGGGGAGGAGAGGGCUCCAACCUGCCCUUCCCUUCCCUUCCAGCUGCCUUGUCCUGGUUCUCAACAAGGACCAAUUUUGUCUCUUGCUCU